UUAGAAACGAUAAAAUCAAACUCCAGAAUUAUGAGAAGCUGACAAAGUUUUCUUUAGAUUAAUGAUAUGUUUUUCAAUCUGAAUCACAAAAGACUUCAUGAGAUAAUUUGUACAAAGGUUGCGAAUAAGAGGGAAAAGAAAGAUUUAAGCGGGCUAAUGGAUCAUAUAUGAUCUUUGAAAUUUAAUUCCAUUAUUUUAUUUUAUAAGGCAUUCAAAUAUUUGAAAAUAUUUAUGAUCGCAUUAUUCAAUGAAACGGAUUAUGAUAUAUCACUUCUGUCGAUAAACAGUUCAGUAAUAUUUGAGUGUGUUCCAGAAAAUAUUAAAAUUCCUCUCCCACGUGACUUCGCCCAGCGAUUCCGUCUAAGCCACUAUUCGACCGGUUUUAUUCCUUCAUUUACUCUCUGACUGGAAAUGUCAACACUACUAGUGGUGGAGGGGGCAGUUGGAAUGUAGAAGUCCGUGAGAAUGAAGUGCUCUGUGGUUAUCCCAGUUCUUACAUUUUUGGGAUUUGUGACAAUUUGUAAGACCGAUUUGGACUUAUACCUGGACGCGCACGAAACUUAUCGUCUGCUCGGUGUGAAUGCGGAGUUGUACUAUGUAAGGAAGGGGAUCAUAAACAACUACGCGUUGUCGUUCGUAUUUCCCAUACACCCCGAUGUACAGGAAAUUGUCUUCACGUGGAGAAGUCUGCGACAGGGUCCGCCAGAUAUCUACUACAACAUGAGUUUUGAGGUGUCCAAUCCAAGAGCCAUGCUGAUACCUGUGGCCAACAUUUCUAACACGGGAAAAGUUCCAAACUCACUCUCAGUGUUUAGCAUCACGUUCCCCUGUACGGGGAAGGUCUCUGCCGAUGUUGAGGUGGUCAUUCAGAUGAAUAUCAGCAUUUUCUCAGCUUCCAAUAUCUCAGUUCUCAACUUCAAACGCAAGAAAACAUGUCUCAUGGAUAGUAGAUAUCAGAAGAUUCUGAGGAACAAACUGUACUACAACAAGAUACAGACGUUAUCACCCCCCGUCAACCUGACCCAGAACCACGUGACAGUGGACGGUGCUGCUACCAAUGUUAAGAUGUCCACCAAGAUCUUUUACAUCACAGUGGGAUGUGCGUGUGCUGUCAUAAUCCUGAUAGCGAUGGCUGUAGCGAUUUACUACCUCAAUACUCAGAAAGGAAAUAAUAGGGGAUACUCAGAAAGGAUCAAAUACUAUGAUAGUACCAGCUCCCAGCAGCUGACAAAACAACAAAGUCAGUCCUUUUUGCGAUCAGAGACUCCUGUGGACAAUAGCUUCAAGGCAUCUAGUGUGAGGAACUAUUCCAGCGGCCCAUCCCCAAUACCAGAAUGUUUUCCUCCGGACCCACGGGAAAUUUUGGCUGAAGUUGCAAUAGAUCGUCGGAGGAUUUCACUGGGAGAAAUUCAGAUGGAGGGAACAUUUGGGAGAAUAUACCAUGGCACUAUCCUAAGUGAAUCAGAGAGUGAGACUGAACUGGGGGCCGACCAGGGCAUCAUUGUCAAAACCGUGUCAGACCAGGCAAGGCCGGAUCAGGUCCACCUGUUUCUGACCGAGAGCUGUAUGAUGAUGGGAAUCGUCCACCAAAACAUCUACCCUGUCAUCGGAGCCUGCACAGACUCCACCCAGCCACCAUUUGUAAUCUACCCCUACUCCUCAGAGGGAAACCUGAAAAAGUUCCUCCUCAAGUGUCGUGUCUCAGAGACGGGCUCGCAUUAUUCUUUGUCCACCCAGCAGUUGGUAUACCUAGCCAUACAGAUUGUGAAAGCCAUACAGUUUUUACACAGAAAGAGAAUACUUCACAAAGACCUUGCCACAAGGAACUGUGUCAUAGACAAUGACUUGCAGUUAAAAGUAACAGACAACUCGUUGUCACGAGAUUUAUUCCCAAGCGACUACCACUGCCUAGGUGACAAUGAAAAUCGCCCAGUCAAGUGGCUCCCUCUAGAGGCAUUGGUAGAAAGAAGAUUCUCGAUGGCAAGUGAUGUGUGGUCGUUUGGGGUUACGCUAUGGGAACUGAUGUCUUUAGCUCAGCAACCUUAUUCAGAAAUUGAUAGUUUUGAAAUGGCAGCAUACCUCAAAGAGGGCUAUCGGAUAGCUCAUCCAAUCAACUGUCCUGAUGAACUAUAUAGCAUGAUGUCGGGUUGCUGGGCCAGAAAUCCUGAUGAGAGACCCAAGUUCUCACAGCUGUUGGUGUACCUCCAGAACUUUUACGAGGCUCUGGGUCAAUACAUUUAAUGGGGAGUCAUUGAGCAGAGAAAGUUGGAACAUUUAGCAGUCAAUGCGUGUCACAUGUUUGAUGGUGAAUCAGUAAUCCGAGAAGUUUGAAUAUUCAUCAGAACUGUGAAAAUUAAAAUAUCUACUGAAAAAUAUUCAACAGAACAUCAUGAAUAUUCAGUUAUUGAAUGUGAGAAAGGGUGAUGACAAUGAAGAACUGCAUAUAAAAACAGUUGUUGAAUAACUGUAAUCAGGACCUAAGAUAUGGAAAAAAACUGUGAAUAUUCAACAAACAAAAAAUAGUAGGAUUCACUAUUAUGGGCCAAUUGGGCAGGUUGCAAUAACUAAAGAGAUAUCAAUUCUCCUUCUAUGGCUCAACGGAGAGACGUGGUUAAGCUCCCUUAUCAGGGGAGAUUACUCUGUGCCAGUAUCUCAUGUCUGCAAUAGCUUUAACGUGUCUGUGUUUAUACCAAAUAUUUCAUUGUUUUCAUGAAUGUCAUACAGGUGAAAAUUUUAUGAAUGCAAUGUUUUGUUUGGACUAUGGUGUUCGUGUCUAGUUAUUUUGAGGUUUACUGAUUUUUAUUAAUAUUACUUUUCAUGUUUAAGCCCUGUGUCCUUAGAUAUUUUGUCUUCUGGUCCUCUCACAACAUAUUUUCGGCUGGGAAAUGGUAACUUGCCAGUUUGUAGGUCUGUGUGUUCGUUAUUGCUUGUAACUUAUAAGCCACAUUUCUUUUCCAAUUUUUUAAAAUUUUGUUGGAAUAUUACCUUGUGUGAAGUUUUUUUUUAUUGCUUUUCAAGAUAAAAGGUCAAGGACACUAGGGAAGAAAUUUUGAAAUUCCUUUUGUCUGAUUAUUAUUGUAUAGAAUUAUAAAUUUUUAUUAUAUUUCAAGGUUAAAUAUAAAAAGUCAAGGUUACUUGAAAGAGGAAAUUAAGAAUUCUUGCCCAAUUUUAGUCAAAUAUUUAGGAACGGUACCUUGCACAAAUGUAGAUCAAGGUUAAUGGAAGGGAACUUCAGAAAUUGUUGUGUAGACAAUUUUGAGUGUAUUUGGUUUUUAGUGACACUUGCAGGGACACUACAGUUUAUCUUAAACACAUGUAGAUUUCUAUUGAUUUUCAAGGUCAAAUAUAAUGACUAAGAUCACUGAAAGGGAAUUCCAAAGUUCUUUGUGAACAAGAUUAUUGUUUGCAUUUGGUGUUUGAAUUGGAAACUACUUGCAGGGAGACAUGGUCAUUAGAUGGAGACAAGGUCAUUAGAUAGAGACAAGGUCAUCAGAUGGUUCUUUUAGAAAUCUACCGUGUUGUGAGAGGACUUCCCUUGUUUUAUGUGCAUGUUACAAGUGGUGGAAUCAAAGUGAUUGUAUUUUUAAGAUCUGACAUUUAAAAGUGCUGAAAUUGUGAUGAAAAGACAAAUAGUGCUGAAAAUGGUAUGAAUUGGUGAUAUUUGUAAAUUCCUCUCAGUAAAUCUGCAUAUGUUAGAUGGUUUUAUGUACCAUCCUGUGUUUACCACAUAAGCAGACUUUAAUGUUGUAACACCAAUGACACAAACCUAUCUUUCCUGUAAUUCAUGUGUCCAUAUUUUCUUUAUGAUAAAUUACAAUGAGGCAUUGCAGAUAGAAUAAUUAUAAACAUUGUGCCAAACUUUUAGCAUUAACCAUAGGCCAUAAUUAAUAUAUUUCAGUGUCAUACAUUAUAAGCUUUAUUUACAUUGUGUGAGGAAAUGUUUUUUGCAAAACAUGUUGUAAGUGAUUUAACAUAACCACGCAAAACAAACAAAAAUCUUGACCCUUGUAUAUAUGUAUAUGUGUAAAUCUUGACCUAUGUGUAUAUGAACAUGUGUAAAUUCUGACAUUUGCGUAUUUGUGUGUAUAAAUCUUGACCCUUUGGUUAUAUGUGUAAAUUUUGAUCCUUCUAUAUAUGUAUGUGCAAAUCUUGAACCUUGCAUAUAUGUUUGUGUAAAUCUUGACCCUUGCAUAUAUGUAAAUUUUGAUCCUUGUGUACAUGUACAUGUCCUUGUGUAUAUGUGUAAAUCUUGACCCUUGUGUAUAUAUGUAAAUCUUGACCCUUGUGUAUAUGUAUAUGUGUAAAUCUUGACCCUUGUGUAUAUGUGUGUGUAUCAGUCUUGACCCUUGCAGAUUUGUUUAAGUGUAAAUCUUGACCUUUGUGUAUAUGUAUAGGUGUAAAUCUUGACCCUUGUGUAUAUGUGUGUGUCAGUCUUGACCCUUGCAGAUUUGUUUAAGUGUAAAUCUUGACCUUUGUGUAUAUGUAUAGGUGUAAAUCUUGACCCUUGUGUAUAUGUGUGUGUGUCAGUUUUGACCCUUGCAGAUUUGUUUAAGUGUAAAUCUUGACCUUUGUGUAUAUGUAUAGGUGUAAAUCUUGACCCUUGUGUAUAUGUGUGUGUGUCAGUUUUGACCCUUGCAGAUUUGUUUAUGUGUAAAUCUUGACCCUUGCAUAUAUGUUUACCCUUGUGUAUAUGUACACGUGUAAAUCCAUAUUAUUUUUCCGUCCAUAUAAGUCUUUGUGUUUAUUAGAGGUUUUGUAAAAUUGUGAAAAAUUUGCAGCAAUACAGAUAUUUUACUAUGUCAUGAGAACCUUUUAGUGGUUGUCAAAAUAUCAUCAUUUAGCAGCAGUUUAUCAACAUUUCAUUCAGCUACUUAAUAUUUGUUUUUGUUAUUUUCAUUUACAUUGUAUACCUUUAGAAAUAUGACUACUUUGUGUAGUUCAUUUAUACCUUAAUACAGCUGCAACAGGUUUGAUUUCUGUACAUACUGUUGUUAACUAACUGUAUAGGAUUUACAACGGAGUUGAAUUUUGUCUGUAUUAUUUUAAUCAGUUUUUACAUUGAAGACCAUAGUGGCUAACUACUCAGUCCCAGGUCUCGUUUUCAAAUCUUAUCAAAAUUAGAGAAGGGUAAUCUACAGAAAUCUUUUACAUCAUUGGCUGCAGAGAUCACUGAUAAAUUAAGGACACCAGCAUUAUACAUUAUCAACUAGUUUUUGUUCAGAAAUUUACAAGUCUUAUAAAAACUGGUAUGAUGAAGUAAUGAAUUCAAUACAUGUGCCAUUGUAACUAUAUUUUCAGUUUCCUGUAGAAAAGUUGACACAAUGCCAAGUAUUGUAUGAAUGUCUAUAGAAAACUGUUUUACGUAAUGUCCGAGAACAGGAGUACUUCUAUGUUUUGUUUGUUUAAUGCCAAACAGGGUGUGUGUGUGUGCAUGUAUGUUUGACGAGGUUUUCAUAUUUAAUUCUUUAUUAACACAACUAUAAAUAAAUAGAAAAUCUUUAAAUCAU